AUGGUACCUCCAACCCUCGAACAGCGGUCGAACCUCAGCCUCAAUAGGAGCACCUCUUCGGCUUCUCCUCACCAGACCCAAUGCGGCCCCUCUUUUAAGUUGGCGCCGCCCGAGUCAGCCGCCGCUCAACCUCGAUUCACGACGCUGAGACAACAUCCCCCAAAGCAUCACCAACCCUCUAAGCAUCACUGUCCCCCUAAGCAUUCUUAUCCUGCUCCGACGAGUCGACACGCUGCCCGCGCCGACGAGAAACACCACGAGUCCGUCAUCGUGGCCGCCGACGGGGAGAAGAAGAAGACGACCACGACCACCACCACCAUGCCCAGGGAAAUAGAAAGGGACGGGGAUAGAACCGAGAAGUCGGCCCCGAAUCCCGCCUCUUCCGGAAGAUUCGGCUCGGCUCUCGACCCCGACUUCACAGCACGUGUUAUCGCCGCCACCGGCCGAAAUGCCAACCCCCGCCUGGCCGAGAUCAUGCCUGCCCUCCUCCGUCACCUGCAUGACUUUGCUCGUGAGGUCGAGCUCACCGCCGAUGAGUGGAUGGCCGGCAUCCAGCUCCUCAACGAGGCCGGCCAGAUGAGCAACGACGCGCGCAACGAGACGCAACUCGUGUGCGACGUUCUCGGCCUCGAAUCCCUCGUCGACGAGAUCACCUCGCUCAAGCAAGGCCCAAGGCCCUCCGCUCCGCUCCAGACGCAGCCGCCAACCUCUGAUGCCCGGGGUGGUCCGAAAUGCGCACCCCAGAAGACUCCAACGGCCCGGGCCCCAGCAACCUCGACGCCGUCCGCCAUCCUCGGUCCCUUCUACCGCACCGCGGCCCCCGUCCUCCCGGCCAACGCCUCCAUCAUCCACCCCUCUCUCCUGACAGACCCCUGCUACGCCUCCCGCCUGACACACCUCACCGGCCGCGUCCUGACCCCGGCGGGCACGCCCCUGGCCAACGCGACCCUCGACGUCUGGCACGCCGCCCCCAACGGCCAGUACGAGCAGCAGGACCCGGCCCAGCCCGAGAUGCACCUCCGCGCCCGCCUCCCCACCGACACCGACGGCCGCUUCGCCCUCUACUGUCUCCGCCCCCCGCCCUACCCCGUCCCCGACGACGGGCCCGCCGGCCGCCUGCUCGGCCUGCUAGACCGCCACCCUUUCCGCCCGGCCCACAUACACUUCAUCGUCUCGUGUCCCGGCCGCCGCACGCUGACGACCCAGCUUUUUGAUGCCGAGGACCCCCACCUCGAGGACGACACCGUCUUCGCCGUCAAGGAGGACCUCAUUGCCGUGUUCCGGCCGGCCGACGAAACGGAUCCAAUGGGGGCCAGAUGGCGGGUCGACUUUGAUUUUGUCCUGGCCGAGGCGGCUUGA